CGAACAUAAAACAUGGUACAAGCUGUUUCAGAAAAGAAAGGGACAGCAGAAUCAUGUGAAGUGCCGCCACAUACACACACAUUCACUCGCUCUCUUUCUCUCUCUCUCUCUCUCUCUCAACUAAUCAGUUAAAUUCAACCAAAACACACCUUUUCUGAGAACUUGUUGCUGUUGUUCUGUGGUUGGGGUGUUGGCACCAAUUCGAGUUCAAUGGCUGCAACAGCUUCGAGGUUCAUCAAGUGUGUCACAGUUGGGGAUGGAGCUGUAGGAAAAACUAGCAUGCUCAUUUGCUAUACAAGCAACAAAUUCCCCACGGACUAUGUUCCUACAGUGUUUGAUAAUUUCAGUGCAAAUGUGGUUGUUGAAGGCACAACUGUCAAUUUAGGCCUCUGGGAUACUGCAGGUCAAGAGGAUUACAACAGGCUGAGGCCUUUGAGCUACAGGGGGGCAGAUGUCUUUGUCCUGGCUUUCUCUUUAGUUAGUCAUGCAAGCUACGAAAAUGUGUUGAAGAAGUGGGUUCCAGAACUGCAGCAUUUUGCUCCUGGCAUUCCAGUGGUGCUAGUUGGCACCAAAUUGGAUCUCCGAGAAGAUAAGCACUAUUUGGCUGAGCAUCCUGGCCUGGUGGCUGUGACUUCUGAGCAAGGUGAGGAAUUGCGUAAACUAGUAGGAGCAACAUAUUAUAUUGAGUGCAGCUCAAAAACUCAGCAGAACGUGAAGUCAGUUUUUGAUGCAGCUAUCAAGGUGGUCAUCAAGCCUCCACAAAAACAAGAGAAGAAGAAAAAACCACGUCGAGGGUGUCUUCUAAAUGUGAUGUGUGGAAGGAAUUUAGUUCGUUUUAAAUGAGAGAUUUGAUCCAAAGAGUUUUCUUGGGAAGGAGAAGGUCUGUUAUGAGUGGUGCAAAUUUCUUGUAUAGAUGAAUCAGAAGAAAUUUCAAAUUUAUUUCUUACUUUUAGUGAAAACCUCCUAACAUAAUUUCAAGUCCAUCUAGGUCACGCAAGUUUAGCUUAUUCAAGCCCAAAACGCAAAAAUAUUUUAUUCAGAUCUGAUUCAUGUAAGCUUGCGGGCCCAAAAAUUAAACACAAACGGAGGUUUUAAAUAGUAAAAUGUAUAUUAUAAAAUGA